GGCGCAGGCGCAGGGUGGGGAGGCGGGCGGCCUCCGCCGGUCUCCCUGGUGCCGCCGCUGUUCACCGCUGCGGUUCCCGGAUGUAGCGGCGGGCGUGCGGUGGUCCGGCGGCGGUCCGGCGGCGGUGGCGGCUUGCCGCUGUGGGGCGCGGGCGGGGGCCGCCGGGGAUGGGUGCGUAGGUAGGUAGGAAGGGAGCAAGCGAGGAGAAGAAGAGUCGGCCGGAGGCUGCCGCCCGUCAGCUCCCGCCGCCGCGGUCGAGUCCCCCCGGCCCGUCGGAGGGGUCCUUCCCCCCUCCCCGCUCACCCUCGCGUCAGGAUUGCCCCCCUCCCUCCCGCUCCCCUCCCUCCCUCGCCGCACCGGCACCCGCGGCCCCUGUCCUCCCUCCCCGCGCCCGAGGCUGCCGUCCCCAUCGGGGUCCCGCUCCGCCGCCUGCGGGCUGCGCGCCCCCUCCAGCCCCCCCGGGGCCCGGGCCCGCGGGGCGCCGCCGGGAUGAGCAGCUCGCGGAACAACCGGGUGAUGGUGGAGGGAGUCGGAGCCCGGGUGGUCCGGGGCCCGGACUGGAAGUGGGGGAAGCAGGAUGGCGGCGAGGGCCAUGUGGGCACCGUCCGCAGCUUCGAGAGCCCCGAGGAGGUGGUCGUGGUGUGGGACAACGGCACCGCCGCCAACUACCGCUGCUCCGGGGCCUACGACCUCCGCAUCCUCGACAGCGCGCCCACAGGUAUCAAGCAUGAUGGGACUAUGUGUGAUACUUGUCGACAGCAACCCAUCAUUGGCAUCCGAUGGAAAUGUGCUGAAUGCACAAAUUACGACUUGUGCACAGUUUGCUAUCACGGGGACAAACAUCACUUGAGGCAUCGUUUUUACAGAAUUACCACACCAGGAAGUGAAAGGGUAUUGUUGGAGUCUCGCCGUAAAUCCAAGAAAAUUACAGCAAGAGGAAUCUUUGCAGGUGCCAGGGUGGUGCGAGGAGUUGACUGGCAAUGGGAAGAUCAAGAUGGUGGCAAUGGGCGUAGAGGAAAGGUAACUGAAAUCCAAGAUUGGAGUGCUUCGAGUCCUCACAGUGCAGCAUAUGUUCUUUGGGACAAUGGUGCUAAAAACCUUUACAGAGUUGGCUUUGAGGGCAUGUCUGACCUGAAAUGCGUCCAAGAUGCAAAAGGAGGCUCUUUCUACAGGGACCAUUGUCCUGUGUUAGGUGAGCAAAAUGGUAACAGAAACCCUGGUGGGCUGCAAAUAGGUGACCUUGUAAACAUUGACCUUGAUUUGGAAAUUGUACAGUCUUUGCAGCAUGGUCAUGGAGGAUGGACUGAUGGCAUGUUUGAAACUUUAACAACAACUGGAACAGUUUGUGGCAUUGAUGAGGAUCAUGACAUUGUGGUACAAUAUCCAAGUAGCAACAGGUGGACAUUUAAUCCAGCUGUUCUCACCAAAGCCAAUGUUGUUCGAAGUGGAGAUGCUGCUCAAGGUGCAGAAGGAGGUACCUCUCAAUUUCAAGUGGGUGACCUUGUUCAAGUAUGUUAUGACUUAGAGCGAAUCAAGCUUCUUCAGAGAGGUCAUGGAGAGUGGGCUGAAGCAAUGCUUCCAACUUUAGGUAAAGUUGGUCGGGUGCAGCAGAUCUAUUCAGAUAGUGACUUAAAAGUAGAGGUUUGUGGGACAUCUUGGACAUAUAAUCCAGCAGCUGUCUCAAAGGUGGCAUCAGCAGGAUCUGCUAUAAGUAAUGCAUCUGGUGAGAGAUUGUCCCAGCUAUUGAAGAAAUUAUUUGAAACCCAAGAAUCUGGAGAUCUCAAUGAAGAACUGGUUAAAGCUGCUGCCAAUGGAGAUGUUGCUAAAGUGGAAGACCUGCUAAAGAGACCAGAUGUAGAUGUGAAUGGACAGUGUGCUGGACACACAGCUAUGCAGGCCGCUAGUCAGAACGGCCAUGUCGACAUUUUGAAGUUGCUUCUGAAACAAAAUGUGGAUGUAGAAGCAGAGGACAAAGAUGGAGACAGGGCUGUCCAUCAUGCAGCCUUUGGCGAUGAGGGUGCUGUGAUAGAGGUUUUGCACCGAGGCAGUGCAGAUUUGAAUGCUCGCAACAAACGCAGGCAGACUCCACUUCAUAUUGCUGUCAACAAAGGUCAUCUGCAAGUUGUGAAGACUUUACUGGACUUUGGCUGCCAUCCUAGUCUCCAGGAUUCUGAAGGUGACACUCCACUUCAUGAUGCAAUAAGUAAAAAGCGUGAUGACAUCCUUGCUGUAUUGUUAGAAGCUGGAGCAGAUGUUACUAUAACCAACAAUAAUGGGUUUAAUGCUCUUCACCAUGCUGCACUAAGAGGAAACCCUAGUGCAAUGCGUGUGUUGUUGUCCAAGUUACCACGACCGUGGAUCGUUGAUGAGAAAAAAGAUGACGGUUACACUGCCUUGCAUCUGGCUGCUCUCAAUAAUCAUGUGGAAGUGGCUGAACUUCUGGUGCAUCAGGGCAAUGCUAACCUGGAUAUCCAGAAUGUUAACCAGCAAACUGCUCUGCACCUUGCCGUUGAACGACAGCAUACACAAAUUGUUAGGCUCUUAGUCCGUGCAGGUGCUAAGCUGGAUAUUCAGGAUAAAGAUGGGGAUACUCCCCUGCAUGAAGCCCUGAGACACCACACUCUGUCACAGCUCCGCCAACUCCAAGACAUGCAAGAUGUGGGCAAGGUAGAUACUGCUUGGGAGCCAUCAAAGAACACAUUAAUAAUGGGACUUGGCACUCAGGGAGCAGAGAAGAAGAGUGCAGCAUCUAUUGCCUGCUUCCUGGCAGCCAACGGAGCUGACCUCAGCAUUCGUAAUAAGAAGGGUCAGUCUCCUCUCGACCUCUGCCCUGAUCCUAGUCUCUGCAAAGCAUUGGCUAAAUGUCACAAAGAAAAAGUCAGUGGUCAGGUUGGUUCCCGAAGUCCAUCUAUGAUCAACAAUGAUUCUGAAACUUUAGAAGAAUGUAUGGUGUGUUCAGAUAUGAAGAGAGAUACUCUGUUUGGCCCGUGUGGACACAUUGCCACGUGUUCUCUGUGCUCGCCACGGGUGAAAAAAUGCCUCAUCUGUAAAGAACAAGUUCAGUCUAGGACAAAGAUUGAAGAAUGUGUAGUAUGUUCAGACAAAAAGGCAGCAGUGCUUUUCCAGCCUUGUGGUCAUAUGUGUGCCUGUGAGAAUUGUGCCAGUUUGAUGAAGAAAUGUGUACAGUGUCGGGCAGUGGUUGAGAGAAGAGUGCCUUUCAUAAUGUGCUGCGGAGGGAAAGGUACAGAAGAUACCACUGAUGAUAUUUCAAGUGGAAACAUUCCAGUUUUGCAGAAAGACAAAGACAACACCAAUGUUAAUGCAGAUGUACAGAAGCUGCAGCAGCAGUUGCAAGACAUCAAGGAACAGACUAUGUGUCCUGUCUGUUUGGACCGUCUGAAGAAUAUGAUAUUUCUCUGUGGCCACGGAACAUGUCAACUUUGUGGAGACCGAAUGAGUGAAUGCCCUAUAUGCCGCAAGGCAAUUGAACGAAGGAUCCUUUUGUAUUAAGUAGUGGAACCAGUGUCUUUUAUUAGCUUAUGAAAUAGUGAGGACAUUUUGAUGAUUUAAAUCUCUAAGUUUGAAAGGCAGUAAAGGGUUCUAAUGAAAACAUUUCUAAUACUGUAGCACAGGUUCAUUACACGGUAAUUGUUUAAAGACUGUGAACACACCAAAUAAGAGAACAGUAUUUGAACAGUCAGCUUUUAGCUUUACUCAUAAAAACCAUCUAAGCCUGAAGCUAAUUUAAAGCAGACUUUUUAAAUUUUCUCUCUGUUGUCUUCUUCCCCUUAAAGUUUAAAGGGACAAUCUUAUUUUGGUUUUGUUCAUGUUUUUUAAUCUAUGUAUUGGGUGUCAAGUGAUGUAAGGGUGUUUUUUUUAUAUUGUCAGUUAAUAUCAAAUAUAAAUAUUUAGGAUUUGUUUGUUCUGUGCUUUUCUGGAGAAAGUUGAAAUUUCCUGUGACAGUUAGGAUUCACAAUAAUUUCUGUCUUGAAAAAAACAAUAAUGCAAAAUCAAUACGAAGUGUAUACACAGUAGUAAUAAAUUUACUAUUCCCACAAGAUCAGGCCUCAAAAUACAAUGUUAAGGUAAUUCUAACUUUAUCAUGCCCUUUGUUCCUGGGGAUGGGUUGGGAAGAAAACAGUAAAAAGAAAAAUCUAGUUUAGAAACAUUAUGUUCCCAAAACUGUACUAAAGUCUAACAGGUUCAAGCUAACUUAAACAGUGACCUUCUUAAUUCUACUAGUCACAUAUUUUUGUAUGGAGUUGCUUUUAACUUGACUGGAAAGGAAAACACUCAAACAAUAGGUCAGUUAUCCAUUUCAGAUGAGUGAAUUUGAUCGGUUGUAGAAGAACAUUAUAUAUAUGUGGGGCCGUUUAAAAAUUCCAGGUCUACGAAUUUGGAAAAACUAGACAUUUUGCGAUUUUGCAAAAUUUCCUCUCUUAAAUUGGUUUUAUUGUCUCCAGGCAAACAAUGUCAACAGCAAAAGAAAAGAUUUAAUAUUGCUUAUUCAUCUAAGUUGGGUGUUAACAGAACUUACCUGUGAACAUCACUGGGUAAUACUGCAAAUGAAGAUACUGCUGGCAGAGCAGUGAAUUUUGUGAGCCAUGCCUAGGUGAGUUGAAGUUGGCUGAAGGACUUAGCUGUCACUAAUGUGACAGAGGUGUUCCUGACCCCAAAAAUACUGCUCUCAGGAUCUGCAAACUAUUAACGUUUUGCUAACAAGUACAUCUUUCCAUCUCUUUGGAUGGAAGAAAGUAUGCUGAUAUAAGGAUCUCUUAUAGCUCAAAGAAACGUGUGCUUACUCCUAAGCAAUUGGCAGUUUGAGUACAUAGUUCAUGUAGCCUUUUGCCAUUGUGCAGACUUCAUUUGGAUGUGCUCUUGCAGAACAAUAAAGAAAUCCAUGCUGGAGUCACUUAGGUGCCUUACUUUCAGCUAAGAUUAAUUUCUCACUCUGUUCUCACUGUGUAUGUCAAAUGUGGGACAAGGGAUAGUUCAGGGGAAGAUCCAAGAUCCAAGGCAUAAAGUUGUGAUCUCUUCAGGUAAAUUGAUCUGUCUUUUGAAGCUUAUGUUGAUAUGCCUGAAUUGUGCAAACAUUGGCCAAAGUCUCAGAAGAAUGUUACUAGUAAACUGUAAAGAUAGAUGAGCUUUCAACCAGUAAGGUUUAAACACUGAGCGGAGUUUUCCAGAAAGCAAGUACAGUGAUAUAUUGGAAAAAAUAUAUGUAGAGUGGCUUUUAACACAGAGUGAUGUAAUACAUAGCCUUUCUAUAGGCAUCCUUAUUCCUGAUCCAGAAUUGCAAAUGUUUGUCGUUCUUUUCAGUAAUUUCUUCAUUGGACACAAUCUCCAUCUGGAGUCAGUAUAGUAGUCGGUUUUGGUUUUGUAUACUAGUAGUCAUCUGUUCUCAGAUAAUCUCUGUAUCUGCCUUCUUGGCCAAAUGAAAUAGCCCUCCCUUUUCUUGCUUCUUGGGUCCCUAUUCUAAAAUACCAAAACUUCAAGGAGCUUUGGAAAGUUAUUUAUAAAAGGUUUUUUUCUCAGUUCCUUUCACUAUCUCCACUUAAGCUCUGAGUGCACCUGAGUGUUCACCGCAAUUUUCAUUUGGCCAACAUGCAUGUCACUAAGGCUGAUUUUUUUGUAGCAUGUUUGACAGCUGAACUUUCUAUAGUAGCCUUCAGUUUCCUGUCAGUCUUCCUCUAAAAAUAAUUUUAUAAUAGGAUGUGCCGUUUGACAAUCCAUUCUGAGUUUUCACCUGUAAUGCAUCAGAUCUGUACCUCGGUUUCCUCUGGUUCUGGUAGACAUAUUUUGAAUAUUGUGUCCUAUUUAUUAUUCAAUGAGACCUCUCUAAACUGUUGUCAGCACAAAGGCAGGGUGGGUUUGUUCUUGAUAAUGCAGGUCAAAACUGAAACCUCAAUAUAGCAGUUGGCAUUUUCCUAAUUCUUUUGCACUGGAACAAGCCAGGAUUAAAGUAUUCUAACCUGGCAUCAAUUGAAUAAUUCAGCUGAGCAAGAAUGGACCUAAAGCAUCUUGGGUGGGAAAUUGGGGUUGAAUGUUAAAUACUCCUUGUCUGCAGGGGGCCUGUAUUGUAGCAUAGGUAAGUGCUCUGUUAGGCUUGUACUUUUCAACAGAGGAGCUGUAAGUUACUUUAGAACACUUAAUACUUGGAUGCCAUCACAGUCCUAUGGAACUAGAGACUGAAGGUGUAGCUAUAGGAGCAGCUGUAGUUUUCUAUAACGUCACACCAGAUGUGUGUGACAGCAUACAAGUUUUGACUGGACUCAUUCGGCAAUGCUGGGUGCCACAAAAAACAGCUGAAUUAGAAAAACUGGGUAAGCUAACAAGAUGCUUAAAUUAAUAUAGGCCUCUUAUUAACAGGUGAAAGAGCUGUAUCUUGUGUUGCAAAGGCUACACAGUGCUUGCCGUUCAAAAAACUUAAUGAAGAAAAAUGCAAAUCCAAUAUCACUUAUGUAAAUGAGACAUUUAGAUUCACACGCUGUCUUUGGAUUCUGAUGUAGAAGGUGAAGUAGUGUUGUUGAGGGAGCUCGUAAGUUCACUCACUCAAUUUAGUGAAAAUGAGAGAAAAAUCAGUAAGGCAUUUAUUUGUAAUAGACUGUAAAAUCAUAAAAUGUUUGAGUUGCAAGCUUUGUUUGAUGAUUAUCCCCCAGUAUUUAAUAGCAGUUCUGAAAUUAAAAUAAAUAUCUCAAUUUGUUUCUUGAAACAAUCAAGAAAGCACCAUAUAAUAUCUACUGUUUAGAUGUGAGGUAUGCUCAGAUGUUAAGAAAAAGACUUCUCAUUUCUCUCCAGUUAGUAAAAUACAUAAACAGUCACAUCAGUACCCAGUGAUGUAAAAUAUAAAGACACCCUAAGAGGCUAAGAAAAUAUGCUAAAUAGUUGUAGCUUGUUAACUUCUAUAUAACUAUGUUUGCCUUUUUUCCCCAAAACCUACUGUCUACCACUGACUAUACCCCAAGCUCAUAUGGUACUUCUCAAAAUUUGGGCUAUUAUUACCUACUUCACAUUUGUUGAAAUACUGUGUACUUGUAUGUUGGGGUUUGGAGGAAUCCUUUUUGCUGAAAUACUGAAUAUACAGAUACUCAAAAGUUACUCUGGGAAGAGAAUAAACAAGUUAGUAAAUGCGGAAGUUUGGUUAGGAGGUGGUGUUCUUAACUUGGACUGGGUGAGGGUAUAGCAGAUUUGCACAAGUACUUGUGCCUUGUUAGUAUAGUCUUACAAUUGGUAUUUUAGCUUCUUUUAAAGAUGUGAAAUGGUCUUUUAAAAAUCUGAUUUAAGUACUUAUUGUGUAGAUAUUUUCUAGAGAUGGAAGUUUUAUGUGUGCCUAAUUGUUUUUAGCAGUGUUAAUUGCCAUUUGUGUAAACACUAAAUUGUUUGAAGAAGCUGCUUUGAGCUAGUGAUCUAAGCUUCCUCUACAAAAUUAAAUGUCAGAAACUUAAUUUUACUCUUCCAGUAGCAGCUGGCGAACUGAAGAGCCUAUCCUGUUCUUUGUGAUGCAUGGGUCAAGUUUUCACUUAAAACCCCAACAAUACCACAGCCUAACUUUUAGCAGUGCUACCUCCUUUCUGUCAAAAUAGUGAAUUCUUCUCUAGUUCUUUGUUCUUUGUCUUUAGGACAGGAUAGGGAACACAUCAGUUUUGUUUUGCUUCAUCCGUUUUGCUGUCUGAAUACAUUGCAAAGAUUUUUUUUAAUAGACUGUAUAAAUUACGUACAGUAGAAGUAUGUGAUUUGCCACAAUGUACAUUGUAUAUCAUUCUUGCAGAAGUUGCUGAAAUUUGUACUAUUGUCUUUUUAUGCAUUUCAUAACUUGUUUGUGUUGACAAAGCAAAACUUGUUAUCCACAGAAGUUCUGGUGGGUGCCAUUUUUAUAGCUAAGCCUGUGGUAAAUACUAAGGUUCUGACUCAGGGCUUUUUAACAACUUAAACAUGUUCACAGUAUUCUUCAGCACAUCUUGGAGAAUAUUAAAGAUUUAAUGACUGUACAGUGCCUUGAUAGAACUAUCGAAUGGGCAGCAGCCAUAGAGUUCUUACAGAAUGCAAGUAUCUUUUGAACCCGGUUAAUGAGUUGAUGUUAAUGUAAUUGUGAUACCCCUGACAUGGAUUUAUAAACUUGUAUAUACUUUCUGUAAAGGAAAAUGGGCAACUUUAGGUAUUGUUAAGCUUUCUGAAAGUUGUUUGUUACACCAGUUAUGGGGGUCUGAAGGGUGUAGUAUUCCAAUUUACAGAAGCAGCAUUUGUGGCAAAGACAGCUGAUAAGAUGUUCUGUAUGUGACUUUUUAGUGUGAGGGGAGAGGUCAUUGUAUAAACAAACAUGUAAAAAAUACCUGCUUUACUCUGGCCCAGUAGGUCUUUUAUGAGAGAGAGAAAUAAUUGGCAACAAAUCUUUAUGUUUGCAUGCCAUUUCAUAGUUACAAGAAUUUAAGUCUCCUUGUGAGCUUUUAGGAAGUACUGUUUGUCCCAAGCCUGGUGUCUUCAUGAAUGCCAACUGUUCACAUUAGAAAAAAGGUUUUACUGAACCACAGGAAUAUUUCUGCUUUUGUUAAAACCAACUUUGUUAUUUUCAGUAAAUUGUAGAUUUUGACAUGACUGUUCAUUGGAGAAAUUUAAAGUUGUCUGUGUGAAUAUAGUGGAUAUCUGUAUGCAGAUAGCAUUAUAUAAUUGCUUUCAUUAAAACUGCUUAGCAAGGUCUAAGCUUUUCAAAGGAAAUGCUAAUGUACUGUAUGGUUAAUAAAAGUUAUUAUGUAAGAUGCAUACUGACUUUUUCAAAAGCUUUGAUUUAAAAGUGUAAUUGGACUGAAUUAAUACUAAUUUUGGUGCACACACCAUUGUGAAGGGAGUGGUGGCUCAUUUGACUUUCUCCUUUUUAGUAGCAAUGAUGUUGGAUGUCACCACAGAGUUAGAAAAUUGUAUACCUGAACAAAUGUUUGGUAACGCUGUUGACAUAUAAUGUUCAAAAGCGCAUCAGGCUUUAUUUAUUGAGAAAGUUUGCAAUCCAAACUUCCAACAACUCUGGUUCUUUAUAAUGUGUCCUUGAAGAGUGAGUUUGUAGCAACAUCAGAAAUGCAGCAUGCCUUUGAAUCUCCCAGAUACUCAAGUAUUGUUUAAGCAGCCCAGCAAAAGUAUGAAGUGCGGCUUAUGGUGUAACAACAAAAAGGUUGAUUUUAAAUUAUCUAUGACAUAUGUGCAAAUUUUUCUAUAAAUAUGCAGUUCAUAAUACUGAUUAGAGCUGCUGUUAAGUUUAUGUUGGACUCUGGGUUUACUUAUAAUUGAAUGGCCUUUACAGAUCUGGCUACAUGCAUGUGAUAAUUAAAAAAAUCUCCUGCCAGCUAGAGUAACUCCCAUAUUCUGAGACAAGAGUUGCUGCAUCACAGUUUCUACUUUUAGGAUUCAAUUUAGUGGAUGCAUUCUAAAAUAAGUGUAAUGAAAGGCAAGAAAAACAACCAGUUUUUUGGAUUAGUGUUUUAAUUUAUCAGAGUGUACAAGUGAAAAAAGAAUUGACAGAAUAAAAAGGUUGUUGCUCUCUU